UUAGCAUACACACGACAAUUUACACAUUCUUCCGUCGGACUUGCUUCCAAAUUACUUGUUAUACUAUAACUUAUUGUUCUUUUGGAACUUGCUUUUUACCAUGUCCAAGCAAAGGAGGCCAACGUCGACAUCGUUCCUGAAAGGGGCGGCGAAAGCAACCCCGGUGUUCGUUACCAAGAGCGCUCCCUAUAAUUUUUUGCGGGAGUAUUGGCUGGGGUGUGAACAGGGACAGAGCACCGCUCAGGAGAUACUACUAGAGGCUUCACAGGCAUGGAAGGCAUUGGCGCCACACGAGCGUAAGCUCUUUGAAGAGCCCGAAUAUUUGCGUGCGCGUUUCGGUCACUUAAUCCAUUCAGUAUCGGCAUCAGGCCUGGUAGUUGAUUUAUUAACUGCACAAACGGCAGUUAUUGAAAAUGCGGCAACAUCGAAACAGAAGGAUUUGGGCAAUGAGCAAGCAUCUGCAUUUAUUAGUGGCAGUCCGAGCAAUAAGCAAGCUCCCGUCGCCAGUGGCAGUUCCAAAACUAAGGAGCCAGCUGUGCUCAAGCCCAGGGUCGUCGCGAGUCGUAAGCGCUCUAGAAAUCUCUGCCAAGUGUGCCGGGCCAAGCUUCACGGAACAAAGCAGAAGCGAAUUGCCAAGCAUUCCAGAACAGUUUCGAAGCGCAUUAUGAAAGGAUACAAAGCCAGUAACGAUCUGCGAUAAUUCGUUUCAUCUGAGUGAAAUACAGUAGUUUUAGGGUUUUUUUUUUUAAAUAGUUGGCUUACAAAUUCUAAAUGGUAUGUACGUGGGCAUGGUUUUUGUGGAUACAGCGAUGUUAAUAUUUUAUUCCUACAUUCGAUGAUUCGAUCAAACAUAAAUAAUAACUUUAAGAACUAA